CAGCGGGGCGGGCGAAGGAAGGCAGGGGGGAAGGGACAGUCGGUCGCAGACCGCGCUGGGUUGCCGCCGCCGCCGCUGCCGCCAUCGUGCCAGCCCCUCGGGUCUCCGUGAGGCCGGGUGACGCUCCAGAAUGGGAGACAAGCCAAUUUGGGAGCAGAUUGGAUCCAGCUUCAUUCAACAUUACUACCAGUUAUUUGAUAAUGAUAGAACCCAACUAGGCGCAAUUUACAUUGAUGCGUCAUGCCUUACGUGGGAAGGACAACAGUUCCAGGGGAAAGCUGCCAUUGUGGAGAAGUUGUCUAGCCUUCCGUUCCAGAAAAUCCAGCACAGCAUCACCGCACAGGACCAUCAGCCCACUCCAGAUAGCUGCAUCAUCAGCAUGGUUGUGGGCCAGCUUAAGGCGGAUGAAGACCCCAUCAUGGGGUUCCACCAGAUGUUCCUAUUAAAGAACAUCAACGAUGCUUGGGUUUGCACCAAUGACAUGUUCAGGCUUGCCCUGCACAACUUCGGCUGACCUCCUCUCAACUAGGCACUCAUGCUGUUUCCUCCUCCCUCCUCUUCCCAAUACUAUUCCCACUCCUCCAGAUGCUCCAAAUAUCAUGCACAAAUGAGCAGGGCCGCGGCAGGAGUGGGCGCAGUGCGCUGCUGCCACCGAGGUGUUGUGCAUGAUGUUUGGACGCUAGACUAGUUGCAUCUGAUGGGAGAAAUUUGUGUUGUACCAGCGCAUGCCUUGGAAAGACUUAAGUAAUGCAAAAGGUUGUCCUUUUUUUUUUUUAAUCUACUGACAAGUUGCUCUAGUAACCCAAAGAAGUGAAGGAGAAAGCAGCUGCCUCACCGCCCAGACAUUGAUUUGUUCAGAUGUUUCAAUGCCUCAUGAUACAAUAAAACCACAAAAAUUUUCUUAACAGU